AGUUGCUCAACUGCUGCAUUGUCUCCAUUUGCGUUUUUCGGUGAACGUGUCGUUAUUCCCAUUUGCCAGACCGGAGCAACAUGUCUCCGAUUCCGUCUCACCUACUAUGAUUAGAUCUACGCUUCUAGUAUUUUCUGGUCAACAACCGCGAAUCUGCUACUGUUCUGUCACUGCCCUCACAUUCCGUUACACCGUCCAUCUUUGCUUCCGAACCACGGUCUCUGAUCCCCGCGAAAAUGGACUCUGGGAUGGAAAAAGGCGUGAGCCGCGUUGAUGACGGUCCUGCGUCACAGACAGAGCCGGAAGCAAAUGCGGCACAGCAGAACAGCGCCACACAGCCGCGGGAAAGAAAGCAUUAUUCUUUCUACCUGUCCAUACUAAUGCUGUCUAUGAUUGCUCUAAUCGUGACCUGGGAUGUAACGGCUCUGUCUUUGGCUUUACCUGUCAUUGCCGACGAGCUACAUGGAACCAACUUCCAAUCAUUCUGGGCCAGCAUAGCCUAUAUCCUCGGCAUUGCGGUCACUCAGCCCAUCUAUGCCAGUAUCUCGGACGUGGUGGGCCGCAAAUAUGCUCUCUACGCCUCCAUUCUCCUCUUCGGCAUCGGAUGUAUUAUCUUUGCUACCGCAACAGAGAUGAACGUUAUCGUCGCUGGCCGGCUGAUCAAAGGUCUCGGUGGUGGCGGGCUGGACGUCUUACAGACCAUCAUCCUCUGCGACAUCACAACCCUUAAGGAGCGACCGCGGUGGCUGGGAGUUCUGUCCAUGGCAAAUGCGGUGGGAGCUGUAACCGGGCCAUUCAUUGGAGGUGCAUUUUCCGAGCAGAUUGGGUGGCCAUGGCUUGGCUGGAUCAACCUGAUCACAGUAGGCAUCACCUUUGUGCUGGCAUUCUUCUUUCUUCACUUGACGCCCAUCGAGGGCGACAUCAAAGACAAGAUGAGAAAGCUUGACUGGUCUGGAUUUGCCCUCUUCACCGUCAUUGGUACCGCGGUAGCGCUGCCGCUGAGCUGGGCCGAUACGCUGUAUGGCUGGGGAUCCUGGCAGACUCUUGUUUCCCUCAUUAUUGGACUAUUGCUCCUCGUUCCGUUUGCGUUUGUUGAGAAGAGGGCGGCAGUGCCCAUGAUUCCGUAUCAAAUCUUCGACAACGUCUCCAUCAUCACAGGCACUGUGUCUGGAUUCCUCUACGGCUCAAUGAUGAACGCUAUACUCCUUUAUCUCCCGCUGUUCUUCCAGGCGGUAUACCUCCAAACUCCCAGCGAAGCCGCCAAGUCGACUCUUCCACUCUGCUGCCUACUCGUGGCCAUGAGCAUCAUUGCGUCGUUGCUAAUAGAUUGGAGUCGAAAGUAUCGCAUUGCGAUGUGGGCAGGCUGGAGCUUCAUAACCAUAUUCCUGGGCCUGAACUACACUAUAGGCGGCAAUACCAGCAGAGCUCAAGCUUAUGCCUUCCAAGCUCUCCUUGGAGCUGGUCUGGGCACGGCUCUCGCAUCAACCAUGAUAGCGGUCCUGGCGAGUGUGAGAAGGGUCGACGACGAGGGACUUGCCGUCGGGAUGCUUGUCACUGUGCGUUUCGUAGGCUCCUUAAUAGGUUUAGCUAUUUGUUCGACCAUCUUCAGCUCGAUAUUCCAAAAAGGUCUCUCCGCGCUCAAAGACCUACCUGAGCAACUUGCAAUACUGGAAGAUCCAAGCCAAGCUGUGGGUUUCAUACCUCGACUGAGGGAGAUCAAGGUGUCAGAGGAUAUCAUGCAGGUCGUGACGGGGGCCUAUGAGGAUGCUUUCCAGACCAUCUGGGUGGUGUUGGCUGCCUUUUCGGGUUUGGGAGCGCUGCUCUCGGUGCUGACUAGAGAGCAUUCUCUGGAGAAGGACGAUGUUGGUCGGCAGGGGUUCAAAGCACCGUCGUCAGAGUAACUCAUUAUGGAUUGUAUUACAUCCAAUCGAAUUCGCCUUGAAACGAUAUGCCUUGAUAACUCCAAGUCUCAAAUUCUGC